AUGACGUACUUCUUGCGCCUGUAAUUUUGGUUUCUAGCGGCUCAGAGCGUGAGAACGGCGAAGGGCGGACGGGCCCGGGAAAAUCCGGGCGGGUAAUCUUAAGAGGGUUUUUGUAGGUUGAAGCAAGGUAUGCCACGUAUUCUUUUUUAAACAGAAGCAGAAACAUAUAAGAAGGAUGUUGUCGAGGCCUAAGCCUGGAGAGUCAGAAGAAGAUCUGCUGAGGUUCCAAAAUCAGUUCCUGGAGACUAAAUCUUCCCCAGGAGUUAAAGUAGUAAAGAAAGUGGAUAAAAGAAGAGGAGAUGUGGACAGAGACAAUGAUGACAGAUGCUCAUUGCCGUUCAGCAGGGAUGUGGUGAUGCUGGAUGAUUUUCCAGAUGUUCCUCCACUUCUGACACCAGCUCCUCCAAAGAAAUCCAGAUUCAAAAGUGCCCAUGUCCAUUUUGAUGAAGAUCCAGGGAAGCAGAUGGAUUGUAAUGAUCAACAUAUCACAGCAGUCUUAAGCAAAAUCAUUGAACAUGAUACUAGCAAUGCCAGGGUGACAAUGCCAUUGUUCACAAGUGAUCCAUUUCCCAAAGUUUUUCAUCGAUCUGAAAUAAAAACUGAGGUAAAAUCAGCACCUGUGAAAAAAAGCAUCUUUGCUCAGAAAAUAGCUGCCAAGAGGGCAGCUAAAGGAGAUUGCACACCUCAUAUUGCUGUUCAGUCAAAUUCAAGACAGGUCGCUUCACAUACUUUGGAGGUACAGAUCCAUGAGGAAAAUGCAGGUGAAUGUUAUGAUGGACUCAGUGAAGCUGUUGGUAGCAUACAAAGUCAGUUGCCUCGCAUUGUCACUGGUGAAGGUCUUGGAAGCCUGAGUGGUGAGCAGGAAGUCCAGAACAUCCACAAAGAAAAUUUAGAAAAGUUGCAAUCGAUGUCCAAAGAGCAGAUCUUGGAGGAGCAGAAGCGACUGAUGGCUCAGUUAGAUCCCAAUUUACUUGUUUUCUUAAAGUCACGGUAUGGUACUUGCACAAUGAAAGAAGGAGAAAGGAAAAGUGAACAAGACAGGUCAACAAGGCUUAUAGAGCCCCAAACAUUGCCUGAAUCCCAGCCUGAGGCAGCUGAAACACAGACAGAUACUUUCCAACAGAAAGCAAACACAGAAAAGGAACCAGGCACGAAGGCCUUUCUAAGAUCUGAAGCCCCUAUACGAAUGGAUGCUACAGAUGAUGGCCUUCCUGUGAAGCCUCAAAAGGAAUGGGUCCACAUGGAGACUGUAGAAUUUGAAAAGCUGGAGUGGACGAAGAACCUUCCUCCAUUGAGGCAGAACCAAAUAAAAAAGGGGAUGCAAGCACGCUUUAGUCUGAGAGGAGAACUUAUUCCUCCAGAUAAAGAGUUUCCCACACAUUUGGGCCUGCAUCACCAUGGAGAAGAAGCAGAGAGGGCUGGCUAUUCACUGCAAGAGCUCUUCCACUUAUCUCGUAGCCAAGUCACUCAGCAAAGGACGCUGGCUUUACAGGUGCUGGGCCACAUUGUCCAGAAGGCGAAAGCAGGAGGAUUUACCUCCUUGCUGAAAGGAAGUGUCCUGCAAGUGUUGCUUGAUGCCGGUUUCCUGUUUUUGCUCCGUUUCUCUUUGGAUGAUCCAGUGGAUAAUGUCAUAGCAGCUACUGUCCAUGCUCUCCAUGCACUGCUUGUCUCUCUGGAUGAUGAGGAAUACCUUGACAAGUCUUUUGCAUGGUACCAGGGCAUGACUGUGUACCCUUUAAUCCCAAACAGUGAGGAAGGAGAACUUGAAGAGGAAGAGGAAGGUGUUGAGCUAACUCCAAAUGAAAAAAUACCAGGGAAAAAAUUAAAGGAUGAAAACAAGCCAGAUGCAGAAGUAGCACGAUAUGACGUUGUAAAGGGACUGCUGAAGACCAAGAUACUUCAUCGCUUGAGAUACAUCCUGGAAGUAAUGCGGCCUGUUCCAUUAGUGGUUUUGGAGAUUCUAGAUAUCCUCAUUCGCAUAGCAAGGCAUUCCACUGAGGCCUGUGUCCAGGUCCUUGAUUGUCCUCGUCUUGUUGAGACUAUUGUCAGAGAGUUUAUUCCCACCCGAUGGACUCCAAGACCAGCUGAACCCGGGAAGUUGCUUGAAAGCCUACAUGGAGUACCAUGUUCCACUGCCAUGAAACUCAUUAGAGUCUUGGCAUGUGGAGGGCGAAACACAUCUGCCAGGCUGCUAAACAAAUUUGACAUGAAGAGUCGGCUGAGCCGCUUUAUAGCUGAAGAUCCCAAAGACCUUUCUCUAAGGAUAGAGGAAGCCAUAAAUAUAAGCACAGAAGCCUUCCGCUUGUGGGCUGUGGCCACUGGUUAUGGUCAAGCAUGUGAUCUCUACCGAGAUCUUCAUCCUGUGCUGAUGAGGAUAGUUUCAUCCCUAUCCCAACUGACCAGCAGUUUCCAAGAAAAUAGCACCUUGACUGAGCUUUAUAUCCAGCGAGCUGCAGCUGUUGUCACUUUGCUUACUCAAGUGAUUCAGACAGCUAGCUGCCGAACGGAACUGCAAGCCCAGCUUAGCAGGAGUGGCCCAGAAGAAGGUGGUCAAAUUCCACCCCCACCCAUCACCUGGAGACACGUGGCAGGUUUCAGGCCUAUCAUUGAAACCAACAUGAAGAAUUGCCUUAGAGCGAUCACCCACGUGGACAGAUGGCAAGCCCUGCAAUCUCUUACUACGGCAUAUGUCAUCUAUAUGGGGAUGUAUUACAGACACUGUAGUCAACAGCCUGUAGUAAACCCAGUUGAUUGCAUAGAAGAAGUGGAGCACCUGACAACCCAAGUGCUGUUGCCACUCCUCAGCCAGCCAGCCAUGCAAGCCCUUUGGGAAAUGCUCAGAUCAUGCUCUACUUUGUGCAACCCAUUAUCCUGUUCCCCAGGACCAGAAUCUGUUCCUAGCAUUGUUUCUCUGAACUGCAGUAGAAAUAAGACUUCAGGGAGUUUAGCAGGCUCUAAAUCACCGUUUCCCUUUCUUACUGCUUUCCUUGUCCUUGUGAACAGUAUCCUCCAUGUACAUAAAGGGCUGGUUAACCAAUAUGUUUCUAUUUUAGAGAUGAAGAGUCUGAAGGACUACCUGCUUCAGUGUUGCACAGCUGUUCCUCUUUCUUUAACUCCUUCCUCUGCUUGGUUGUUGCAUCAUGAAUACCAUUUACAAUAUGUUGCACUUUCACUUGCUCAGAAAAUGGCAGAUGCUUGUCCAGAUUGCAACCAACAUGCUUCACUCCAUCACUCUGUUGCCAUGGUAUUAUUAAGUCGCUUGUUGCCAGGUAGUGAGUACCUGGCUCAUGAGCUACUCAGGGGCUUUGCUUUUAAUCCACAACUGAUUCCUGAAGGCAAGGUGGGAGGACCAGAAGCUGCUGACUUCUCAGAUCUUCUGCACUUGAAUUCAAAGCCAAAGCUGUUACAGCUAAGCUUAACAGCCCCCAUUUCCUCACUCCCUAGUUAUGGUGCUUUACUGGAAGAAGCUUACCGACAACUUCCACUGAUACAGUCUUGUUUUGUCGUUCAUUUUGCCUACUUGGAACCAGCUCUUAUUCAUUCUAGAAAUGUUUACCAAGGCCGAACACAUCUUGUUCGAUCCAUGCUGCUUCCUGAGGUCAACGGGCCUAUCCUGCCUUCGGAUUGGCUAUUCCUUCCUCUUAUCAGCCUUUAUAACAAAACAACUGGGGCAGAAACCCAGUGGGCCACAGAAAGCCCUCUUCCUCUGGACCUUGUGAAUGUGGUGACUCAGAAUCUACAGUGGAUCCUCCUAUUGGAGACCUGGAGGCCCCAAAUCCUUCAGGGUAUCCCAAUAGCAGCUAAGCUGGCGAGGCUUAUGUGUGUGUUCCUCACAGGCAGUGACUUAUUUCUGGAAGGCCCCGUGCAUUGCUAUACAGCAGCUCUGCUCUCCCUUUACUGCCAGUCCAAAGUUUUUGAGUCCUUGAAUUUAGACACUCCUCUCCCUGGCUUAGCUUCUUUCCAUGACCUUUAUAUAAGCUUGUUGGAACAGUUUGAAAGCGUCUCCUUUGGAGAUCCUCUCUUUGGAGUCUUCGUGCUUCUUCCUUUGCAGAGGCAUUUCAGCAGUCAGCUAAAGAUGGCUGUCUUUGGAGAGCAUGUGAACACCUUAAGAGCUCUGGGGGUUCCACUCCAACAGUUCCCUUUGCCUCUUGAGCGAUACCUUUCUCCUCCUGAAGACAAUCUCAACCUCUUAAAUCAAUACUUCCAUGCCCUGGUCACAGGAACCCUGCAACAGUACUGGUGUCCCGUACUUUAUGUAGUUGCAGUGGCCCAUGUCAACACUUUCAUUUUCUCCCAGGAAAAUGUCCCACAGGAGAUAGAUGUUGCUCGAAGAAACAUGUUACAGAAGACCUGGGUCUUAAAAAAUGAGGGAUUAAAGAAACAUCUUCUCUAUUACAAGAGGGCAAAUAAAGAGAACCCACGGGGGUUUGACCUUUAUGAAGAGCUUCCUGCCAUUCGACUAAAAUACCUGCAAGCAAUAACUAGGAAAGAAUGAAGUAAGAGAAACUCAUUUUCAGACGCAUAAAGAAGGCUCUGACUGACUGAGGAAACGAGCACCAGUGGACGGAGAUUUUUGGAAAAGUUGGGUUGGGUUCAUGGUACUCUUUCUGAGCACAAGAGGAAAUUAUCAGCUCUUACCCUCAGCCUGUCCCAGUUUUGAUAAACCAUUUGGACUGUUUCAUCUUUUAAUCUAGCUGAUGCUUUACUUUGGAGAGAAAUAAAAAUGGGGAUAAGAAAUGUAUAUAUUGAAAUGAACAAUAAAUGAUCUUUGGUAGAUAAA